CAACGUUGGCGAACAACGUUGAAUACGCUAUAUGCUCUCAGAACCCCAUGGGAAUGCUAAAUUGUCCUCCGUUCCAGGUGAAAAGUCACCGAUAACGUCGGAAAAGGCCUCGACGAUGCCGUGGAACCUAUCCACCGAUACGUCCUCUGAGGCAACCGCUCGUCCGCCGUUGACGUCGCAACAGUCGAACUCCCUCCCUUCGACGCCGUAUCAACAUGCGCGAAACCUCUCCUUUCACUCCCGGUCGCCUUCCCCGCCUCACGGAAGCACCUCCCCUCGGUCCACCCACUCGGAGACGACGCACAUCCCCCCCUCCCUGCGGAAACCGUUCUCGGGCUGUAAAUAUGAAACCGCCAUGGCCUUUUUCCGACGAAGAAUGCCGUACACGCUGGGUGCCGAUCUGCUGCCCGAGGAGAAGGAGGGGCUCAAGGAGCGCUUGGACCCGGAAGAGGAGGAGAAGCUGAGUGCGGAUAUGCUGGAGGUGUACGAUCGAUUAUUGCCGUCAGCGGAGAGCGACGAUCGGCGCCGUCAACUCGUUCGCAAGUUGGAGAAACUCUUCAACGAUCAGUGGCCGGGGCGCGACAUCAAAGUGAAUGUUUUUGGCUCGUCGGGGAAUAAGCUCUGCUCGAGCGACUCGGAUGUGGACAUCUGUAUAACUACAACGUAUAAAGAGCUGGAGCACGUCUGCCUGCUGGCGGAGGUACUUGCGCGACAUGGCAUGGAGCGUGUGGUCUGUGUUUCACAUGCCAAGGUUCCCAUCGUGAAGAUCUGGGAUCCCGAGCUGCGCCUGGCGUGUGACAUGAACGUGAACAACACCUUGGCCCUGGAAAAUACGCGCAUGAUUCGUACGUAUAUGGAGAUUGACGAGCGCAUACGACCAUUGGCUAUGAUCGUAAAGCAUUGGACGAAACGAAGGAUCCUCAACGAUGCCGGUCUUGGAGGCACGCUCAGCUCCUACACGUGGAUAUGCUUGAUCAUCAAUUUCCUCCAAACUCGAGAUCCUCCCAUCCUCCCUAGUCUCCAAGCUCGGCCUCAUGAGAAGAAGAUAUCGGCGGAAGGGUUCGUCUGUUCGUUCGAUGACGACCUCGGUAAUCUGGCCGGGUUCGGACGGAAGAACAAACAGUCUCUGGGAGAUCUGCUGUUCCAGUUCUUUCGAUACUACGGUCACGAGCUCGACUACGAGAAAUACGCUAUCUCCGUCCGAGAGGCCAAACUGAUUUCCAAGGAAGCCAAGGGCUGGCACCUGCUACAGAACAACCGCCUCUGCGUCGAGGAGCCGUUCAACACGUCCAGGAACCUGGGGAACACUGCCGACGAUACGUCGUUCCGCGGUGUUCAUCUAGAGAUUCGUCGCGCGUUCAAGGCCGUGUCGGAAGGUAACCUCGAGCAUGCCUGCGAACAGUACGAAUAUCCCCCCGAGGAAGAGCGUUCAUGGGAAAGGCCGCAACCGCAACCGCGACCCAUCAUCGCGCCUCCACCCUCCUCUCGGGGUGGCCGUGGAGGUGGCCGUGGCGGGCGGCACUCGAAUCAGUACAACCGCGGCGGCCAUUCUGGUGGCCGACGUUCAUCGAAUACUCCAAACAAGUCGAAUAAUUUUCGUCAGCCCAAUAACGGCAUGAGUGCGUCCGAACUCUCCCUUCAGGCCCAGCAGGCUCAAUACCUAUUACAUGACCACCUCUACCAACAAAUCCAGAUCCUCCAGGCCCAAGAGCAAGAACUGCGGUUACAACUGCAAAACCAGGCCCUUCUUACUGGAAGGCCUCCCCCCGUGCUGAUUCGCCAGCCUUUCAUCCAAUUCCCGAUGCCCCAGCAACAAGAAUCUACGGGUGACGACACCUCUCGGACGAGAUCUGGAACGGCGAACCAAACAGCCCACAACGCGCCCGUGCGCCAACAGAUGUACUACGGUUCCCAGUAUCUCCCGGUGGCAGUCACCGGCGUCCCAGGAAGCACUACAAACCCCCCUUCCCCCUCCGCUGCCGCUGCCAUGCCGGAUCUUCGCCGUAACCCCCGUCGGUCGUCCGUUGCGAAUGGAUCCCCAGGCGGGUCAUUGCGGGCGCACUCGCAGCCGGCACGAUCCGUGAAUUCGCUCCCAACCUACGCCCCGAUCUAUUCCAUCGCGCAACAUAUGGAGGGCUCCCAGAAUUCGAAGCCGCGUAACGUUCCUGGAUCCCCUGACGACACGCAAAGCGAGGAAGACAACCCUUUCAUGCCGAGCAGUCUGCCCAAUGGAUCCCGCGCCGCGUACUUUGAUGAGAAUCGACCAGCUGAGUACAUGGGAUACUACCUGGCCACUUCACCGCAAUUGCAAGCGUAUCAUCAGAACUCCAUCCUAUCCCCCUUGUCGGCACCGGUCGGAUUGGCCUUGCAGAACGGUGGUGUCGUGCCGUUCGUCACGAACCCCCAGGAGUACCUGGCGUCCGUGGCCCAGCAUGAGGCGGCCGGCCUGUCACCAGAGAAUGGCGCGACGCAGAGCUCCCAAGCGGGUUCAACGCAACCGCGUACCACACGGCAUGCCGCCUCCGCUGAUCGCGGCGGUCCCUUGAUUGUAGAUGGUUCAGUGCCGCCGACCGAACACCGGGCUUCCCUCGCGGUCGAGGGCUAUGAUCCUUACGCUACUAUGAGCCAUUGUACGUCAAAUUCCGAUGACCACAACACGGACACACCUGCCAGCGUUUCCGAUUCAUUCUCUCAAGAUCUUCAAGACAACAGCUCGGUAGACAUCGACCAACCGACGUUCUAUAGUAGCCGUGCGGGAAUCGACAUCCACAAGUCCGGAAACUCAGACGUCUUUGUGAAUGGACACGGCGGCAAACAAAGCCUGCUUUCGAGUCGAUUGCAGAACCUGCAUCUCUCAAACAGCGAGAAUGCCUCUGAGCUCCCGCCAUCAUCAAAGACGGGAUCAGAGAAGCCACGGCCCGUCCAUUCCCACCACGAACCCUCGGGCAAAGACAACUCGCGACAGAGACAUCCUGCUGCAGGAGACAAAGGCACGUCCGGCUCUGGGCCGUCAUCUGUGACUGAGUCACAUCCUCCUUCGUCGACUGGGAAACGCCGGCCUAACGGCGUCGAAGCCUCUGAAAAAUCGAACGGUCACGGCCACGGCCAUGGCCACAAACCAAGGCCGAAGGGCCGUCCAGAUGCUUCUCACACCUCUGCAGGACCGGGCGACAACAAAGAACGGAAUAAUCAUCACCAGUCACGAAAAUCCAACGGCGCAGUUUCGACAGCACAAGACUCUCAUGCCACGCAUACCGGUAGUGGCUGGCAGACCACCAAGAAGAAAAAUCGCAAGAAUGCCAAGUCGUCCAUGGACCACCAUCGACAAGGUGCCCAUGCUGGCGCGGAGCCGCUCCCUGCGGACGAGUCCCUGCGAAAGGGCGGGUGAUAUCCAUCGCAAUCCAAAUCUCGUCUACUUUUGUGUCCCAUAUUGUUGGUCAUUAUAUUCCAUUCCAACGCAUCCUGAACGAUUGGCGCACGUCGUACCGUAUUAUAUGAUGUUCCGGGUUUCCGAUAUUUCCGCAAACUUAUUUCUCUCCAUUUUUCCUCCUGGCGCCAUUGCUAGGAUCCACCAAGCCCCUAUGCUGAGGCUUGUAUGACAUUGUACAGUUUAUAAAACACACUUUCGAGAUGUUCUUUUUUGUUCCUCUCAGGUUCAAACCAAGUUACUAAACGGCGUUCUGGGUUACUUGGUUUUGUAUAAACGAGGCGGCAUCCUCUUGAGAUUUAAAAUGACAUGAGUCCAACAAAGGUUUUUCUUAUUCUGGUUUCUUUUGCUCGCUUUUGAAUGGAAGGUAUAUGAUUUUUUUUUUUCGCUUUUUUUUUUUUUUUUUUUUUUCUU